AUGUAUUCCGAGAGCAAGCUGUUCAAACCUGGCUGGGCUUUCGGAAAGCUUUUUGCGAUUGACGCGCGACAUAUCUUCAGCUCCCUCGAGCUUUGUUUUGACCUCACGCAGACGCAAUUCGUGGUCUUUCUGAAGAGCAACAAUUUGCUGCCCAAAUUUCCCAGUCAUUUCCGCGACGACACAAUUGAGCCUUUCAACCUCCUUAUCGGACCGUUCUACCCCAGCUUUCGAGUAAGUAUCUUGCUCCAAGAUGUCCUCAUCCUGACUUAUCAUUCUUGCGCAAGAUCCCAUUUCCAUGACCGCGACACGGAGCUUCUUCUGGAUGCGCUGCAGCUGUAA